UGAAGCUUUAGAGAGAGGAAGUGCAGAGAGAGAUGGAGCUUUAGAGAGAGGAAGUGCAGAGAGAGAUGGAGCUUUAGAGAGAGGAAGUGCAGAGAGAGAUGGAGCUUUAGAGAGAGGAAGUGCAGAGAGAGAUGGAGCUUUAGAGAGAGAAAGUGCAGAGAGAGAUGGAAUGGGAGAAAGGGGCAUGUAUUGGCCAGGGCAGCUUUGGCACAGUGAGCCUAGGCACCCUCCACACUCGUUCAGAAAUCCAAACGGUCGCCGUGAAAACGGCACCGUUCGCUUCUUCGUGGUCACUGCAAAACGAGCAGCGUGUCCUGGCAUGCCUCGACUCGCCGCACGUGGUCCGGUGCUUCGCCCACGAGCAACGAGCCGAUGCCUACAAUCUCUUCCUUGAGUAUGUCCCCGGUGGCAGCUUACUGAAUCUGAUUCAAUCAAGAGGACAUGGAUUGAGCGAAUUGGAGGCACAGACCCAUGCGCGAGGCAUCUUACAAGGCAUUCUCUGCAUACAUGAUGCUGGUUUUGUUCACUGUGAUAUCAAGCCUCAUAAUAUUCUCUUGUCGUCAUCAUCAUCGUCAUCGUCAUGUUUUGCGAAAAUUAUCGAUUUGGGUCUUGCAAAGCCCAAAGAUUAUUGCCAUUCGUUUCUGUCCAUUCGAGGAACGCCCUUAUACAUGUCACCGGAAACUGUCCGGGCCAAACGACAGGACGAGGCAUCUGAUAUUUGGGCGUUUGGGUGCACAGUUUUGGAGAUGCUUACUGGGAAGCAGCCAUGGCGUGAAGUCGACGAUCUUUGCUCUCUUCUAUUACGAAUUGGAUACGGUGACGAAGGACCGGAGGUUCCUCUGGACUUGUCGGAGAAGGCCAGAGAUUUUCUGGGGAAAUGUUUGUUUAGGGACCCUGAGAAAAGAUGGACUGCUGCUCAAUUGCUUCAGCACCCAUUUGUGGAUGUCAAAGUAGAGAGAGAAAACACCACAAUUGAGACUCCAAGGAGUGUUCUUGAUUGCGAUUUGUGGUGUUCGAGUCUGGCUUCUUCUUGCGAUUGGGAUUGCUACUGCGAUCGGGAGCACGGAAAAGGAAACAGAGGAGAGAGAAUUUCUACCUUUGAUCGGAUUCGGCGUUUGGCCAGCUCUUCUCAGAGAAGACCCAAUUGGUCUUUCUCAUCAGUUCACUGGAUCGAUGUCAAGAGACGAGAAAUUAAAGAAUCACAGGAACAAGAAGGAGGGUCUGAUUCUUCGACAUCUAGAGUUGUUGCAGAGGAUCAGCCCUCAGUUUCGGGUGCUAAUCCUGCGAGUUUUGUGAGUAUGGGGUCUUUCUUCCAAGAAUUGAAAGAGGAAGAAGAAAGUAUGUACAUUAUAUCACCUGUUUCUCAUUGUGAUGAUUCAAUGAAUUCAAUUCACAAUUUUUUGUCUCUGGAUUUCAAUAUGAACUAA